AUGGCAGCAAAGGAGCUCCACAGUGAAAGUACGGACACUAAAGCCGAUAUAACAAAGGAAAAUGUAUCCGCUGUAGAAUCCGGCACUGCGGAAGCCCUUGAUCCCGCAGAAGAGAAGAAGUUGAUCAGGAAAAUUGAUCUACACCUUAUGCCGAUCUUGAUCACCGCUUACGGUCUUCAAUACCUUGAUAAGACCAGUCUCGCAUACGCUGCAAUCCUCGGAGUCCGAGAAGACCUUAGCCUUGUUGGCCAACAAUAUAGUUGGACUUCCAGCAUUUUUUACAUUGGCUAUCUCGUUGCGUCUUACCCAAUAUCACUCGGCUUCAUCAAAUUUCCACUGGGUAAAUAUCUCAGUGUGUUAAUUUUCCUCUGGGGUGUUGUUCUGACGCUCCACGCCGUGACCAAUAACUAUGCAAGUCUCAUGGCACUCCGGACCCUUCUGGGUAUUUUCGAGAGUGCUAUUAGCCCCGGAUUCUCUCUUAUUACGGGAAUGUGGUACACCCCUAGAGAGCAUGUCUCGCGGCACUCCAUCUGGUUUGCAGGAAAUGCGAUAGCCAGUAUUAUUGGCUCUCUAAUUGCCUACGGCCUUCUGAAUUAUGAAGGGAGUAUAUCCCAAUGGAAGCUUCUGUUCCUUCUUUUCGGCCUUAUUACGGUCGCGUGGUCUAUCGUAACGUUCUUUUAUUUACCUGACUCUCCACAAACUGCUAGGUUUCUCUCGCCCUCCGAACGUGAGUUCGCUGCACUACGUCCGUACAAGUUCCAAAGGACUAUCCAGACCAAGACAUGGGAUCGCGGCCAGUUUAUAGAGAGCCUGAAGGAUAUCAAGUCAUGGUGGUUCUUCUUUUUCUCAUUUGUCAUAUGUGUGCCAAACGGAGGCACAACGAGCUUCAGUACCCUAAUCAUCAACGGCUUCGGCUACGAUAAAUUCCAGACAAUCCUUAUGGGACUGCCAGCCUCAGGUUUCCAGCUCGUCACGGUCAUUCUGUCAGCCGUUCUUACUUCAGCAAUUCGAAAGUCCCGCCUUAUCAUGCUCAUUUGUAUCUUUCUGGUGGCAAUGACUGGGAUACUCAUGGUAAAGCUUCUACCUCCAGACCAGAAGAUAUCCCGACUCGCUGGUUUCUGGCUUGUCACCGCAGUCGCUCCCGCAUUCCCAUUGAUGUUGUCUCUGGCCGCCAGUAACAUUGCAGGCUUCACGAAGAAAUCGACCGUCAUGGCCUUUAUAUUCCUAGGCUAUUGUGCAGGAAAUCUAAGCGGACCGCAAUUCUUCAUUUCGGCGGAGGCACCAAACUAUCACACCGCUUAUACUACAAUCUUGGUUUGCUAUGCAAUUACCAUCGGUUUACUAGUCGGCUUCAGAUUCUAUCUUAUGUGGGAGAACUCUCGCCGGGAUAAGGAGCAGGGCGUCAAGAUUGACCCCGAGGAAGUUCGUCAGAUCAGCCUAAGUCCGGAUGAGGAGGUACUUCAAGUGGAUGAGACGGAUAUUCAGAACAGAAGCUUCAGAUACAUUCUAUAA